CAUGUAAAAUUCCCUUUUUCUAGCUUGCGUUCUUCCCACCUUUCCUAGGUCGUAGCACCCACGGCUAGGGGGGCCGCUCCCGGCCGGCAAGAAAGUAAACGGAAUGUUUGGUUGUGGGCAUAAUAGUACCGGUAGCAGGCGAUGGCAGUAUGUUAAUACCGGUGCCCCCAUCUAGAAUCCGCGGCACCCUGUCCACCUGUAGACAAGAUAGGGAGAACGCAAAUAACCACGCUGUCUAGUGGAUAAAUUACUGCAAGGUAGUGGAAAGUGGCAAGAAAGGUCUUAUGAUUUUGGCCGGCUAGUGACGGCAAGCCACACACACAGGCCCCUUCUUCAUCCGAGCCUUUGUGCCGUGGUAUCCUCGUACGGUAGUCUAGAAUCUUUCGAGCGCGACGCGGGGCGGUAGUUUAGGUGUCGUGGAGGCGCGAGAGGGGGCAUCGAGGCCUUUUCGCCGUUAAAUGGUGGCGUCAGCCAAGGGCUUGUUUUGUUCGUUGAUCCCUGCUGUGCUAGCCAGGGUACAGGUAUGUGUGGGCUGUUCGCUCGUCUGUGUUAUCGAUAAGUUAAGCUUAGAUGAGAUUGGGGAGAUGAUAGACGGAGAGCCAGAUACCGGUUGAUGAGGAUGCGGUAGUGAUUGCCAUUCUGGAGUAAUUGUUUACCCCUCGCCGGGUAGUAUUGGUAGAUCAGAUCUAGGCUUGUUUCUUAUGAUACUUGGUUGGCUGGAGGUUACUUCCACGAUAUCAUACCGGUAGUACCCGUAGAAAAAAAAAAGAUUUUCCGCUAAUGUUUGCCUUCCGGUUUGUCAAUUCGCUAAUUCGCUAAUUGCUGGCACCGGCACUCGGCUAGAAUUCUAACAAAAAACAACUUUCCGGAAGGGUAGAAUGAGACUGGCCAAGUGGGAUGCCUUUUCACGCCACAGGAGACUUUGCUUUCAGGAUUGGGAGAUCUGCUUUGGAGAAAGCCACAAGGCUGCGUUUCUGCAGGCGUGAUAUGUUGGGGACUGAACCGUGCAGUGAUGAAGGGAGCGCAACGGCUACUUGGCACCCUACGAGUGCUGCCCGUGCUAGAAACUCAUCGUGCGGUAGUAGCACCAGGACGGCAGCCGAUGUAAGCUCCGCAGUUCCAUGGUCUAGCCGACUAGGUCAGGCAAACGUAGUUGAGAGGGCGUGAGUUCCGGUGCCGUCUUCACGAACUGGUUGGUGAAAGGCAAACGCUCAGCGCCCUUUUCCUUGGAGAUGAAACCUGGUUUGUGAGUGGGAUGACGACAGCCACAUACCCGCAUAACAAUCAAUUAUCGGACGGUGAUACUUGUAUGAUAGCCCUGACCGACGAUCGCAAGGCCAGAAACUGGUAUGAAACGGAUCCUCACUUCUUCCUUGGGGCAAGAUGGAAUAGAAUAAGAGAAGCACUCCCUCUUGUUUUCAUUUUAUUAAUUUUGCCUCCUAAUCUUGCACUUGACCAGCAUCUCAGCCGGAGAGCUAUCGGCUUUGUUGCGGAACUCGAAAGGUCCGAACUGGACCUUGAGCAACAACACCUUCUGGUGAAAUCGAUAAUUAGCUGGCCCAUCAGCUGCUACCGGCAAACUUGCUUUGCUGCGGGUGUGCAGCGCGCAGUAAAAAUAGUACCCUUAUACAGGAAAGGUGAGUUGGAGCUAACCAGAUGAGAAGGAAAAUGGGCAGGGCUUGUCCUUCCGUCUCCAAAAAAAUAAUACCUCAUCCGCUGACAAGCACACGGACAAUCAGUCCAGUCCGGCUCUUUCACGACUGUUUGUGCCUCUGAGGGAGAGGAGGAGGAGCAAGAGAUGGUGAAUGGUUGGAGUAGUGAGGGCCAUGCGCACAGUGAGCCAGCAUAUAAUCGUCGUCGGCAUAGAAUAUUGAAAUCGAGCUUCGUACGUGCCAUCCGGAAAACCUUGGGGUACUCCUCCGCGAGCCGCACUCACUCACCUGUACCAACGCGUUCUUCUGUAAGUUUUUUUGGACUUUGCCUCUUACCUCCCCGCCUGGCUGCUUUACAAACUCCCUACCACACAUACACAUACAUACAUACAUACAUACUCAUACUUACAUACAUACAUAAUACAAUCCCUUUACCUACCUCUUGCACCUCCCUUUCCCCCCCUUUCGCCCUUUUUUUUGUUUCUACUGGAAUGGAGGAGUUCUAUCAGGUAUACGAGAAAUUAAUCGGUAACCAGACACCAGUCCCGCAUGUGCCUACUCACGACGACGGUGGGAGGCCAGCUCCAACACCACUCAGCAACAAAUUGAACCAAAAGGACGAUCCCACGAUUCCCACAACAAAGGACAAGCCGGACCAAACCUCGCCCCCAAAGGAAGAAAACAAUCCAACGCGGGCAAACCCGGAUUGCAACCCUAACCGAGAACCUGCAGUGUUGUCAUCACGUGCGAUCCAGAGCUUAUUUUCCGGUGCCCCAGUCUUUGCGGCGUCCGGGAAGAAGGCUUCCGGAGAGUUGAGACCUAGGGUCAUAUUUCCUUUUGACGAGAAUGCGGAGGAGUUGGGAGGAUUGUCUGACUGUCCCCCGAUUGAGCACGCUGCGUUUUCAUUGUGCUCUUCGAGACCGCACCGAACACUGAACGGGUAUGAGAACACGGCGGAUCAUGGGUUGGUCAAUGAGGAACCGAGCAUGCUUUUCUUCCAAGGGAUUGAGCCAGGGACCUGUGGGUGGGAGUUCUUUUUAAAAUACCCCGUUGGCGACGCUGAGAAUAGGGAUGAGGAAGAGGAUGAUGAUGUAAUAGAUGGGGGAGGAAGGGAAAGAGGAACAAGGAGAGCUAGUCUUGGGAAUGCAAAAGGUGGUUUGCGAACAGUGGAAAUGGGAUACAUAGUUGAAAGGCUAAAAGAGCUGGGUGAAAUCUAUCACGAGAGCAAAAGCAAACCCCCCAAUGGACGGAAGCCGCUGCCGAGAGGAGCACAGCGAGGGAUACUGGAAAAGUUCUCUUCAUUGGAGCUUUACACCAACUUAUUCACCAGGCUGUUGUACCCCCCAACCCGAAUUACCACGGCCGAUUUCCACGAUCCGUAUAGCUUGAAGGUUCAGAUCGUAGCUUUGAGGGAAACCCUUGCAAUGGAGAAGCUUUGGCUGAAUUUCUCGGUUGUAGGAUGGAGGAUACGGCUAGGGCAGAUCUUGUGGGGGGAGAACUCCACAGUGGAAUCUACGAGCGACCAAGAUGGAGAGAAGGAAGCUGCCCCUCCAAGGAGUGAUGCCGAAAAGGUUUGGCUAUUACUCCAGAUUCUCCUUGCGUGCGAGCUAGUUGUCAGGAUGGAUGCCAUAGUCAGCGAGGCAAACUCUAAAGACUCCUCAGUUAGUUCAGUUGGGUCAAGAGAUGAGCUGCUUGACGAGUUCAAAGCUAUAGGAUCUGGGAAGGUCGAGUGGGAUAUCACUCUAGCGCGGCGGUGGCUCGAAAACGUUAAACUUGUCGAAAGCGAAGCCGUUGGAAAGGAAGAAAAGACAAAAACUCCUCCUGUACCGGCGAGGAAGGGGUGGUUCUCGAGUCGCUCUUCAGAGCAGUCACCGCCAACGGAUCAGAGCGAGUCGGAAGGUGGUGAUGACGAAUCGGCCUCGGGUAGAUCCUAUGACGCUCUGAUUUGCCCCCGGAAUCAUACGAGACAACUCUCUGGGCUGCUAUAUUUCGCUAGACGCCUCCAAUGGCCACAGAUAGAAGCUCUAUCCGCCACGUUGCAGGAGAAGUUGGGUUCGCCGUCGAGUUUCUCGACCCCGUCGCAGUCCAUGGCCGCUACACCUUUGGAUACUCCGUUAUCGGUAGCUGGAGGGAGUGGGUAUUUUCCGCCGUUUGCAAGGCCAAAGAGGGUUAAGGAGCUGCCAUCAUCCGGGAUAUCAUUCAAUGGUAGCCAUGAAAAGGGAGGGAAGGGAUCCGCAUUUCCGAGAGCUAUUGGAUCUGGAGGGUGGCUUUCAAGGACGUACUUCUCCGGGUUGAUACUUCCUGGGGAGGGAUUGCCUCACUUUCUCAUCUCUACAUUGUUGGAGAGUGAUGCUUCAGCGGUUGAGAAGCUUGGGUUCCAGGCAAACCUGUACAGUGGAUUUCAGUACGAUGGGUCGACGUGGUGGAGUUCAUUCAGCACUGUGGGCAAGGUGCUGGCCGGGUAUGAAGGGUCAAGAGAGGUUGGGGGAUGGAUUGGGCCCUGUUUAGGAAGUGGGCUCGGGGAGAUCGGGAUGGUUGAUGACGGAUGGGUUGAUCUCGUAACCAUGCAGUUGGAUGAGGAGCCGAGAGCCAAAAGGCCGUAUGCCAUCAAGGAAGAGUCGAAUCCGUUGGGAAAGGGGCCUAAAGGCAGCAGAACAGUGCUAUCAACCGACUUCACUAUGCCACGAGACGAAGUUGAUGAGGAGGAAAGAGUAAUUCUCGAAGGCCUUGUGUUUAAGGAUGUCGCUAGAGAAUCUGGGGAGCCCACUGGGGAGCCCACUGGGGAGCCUUUACGUUACGAAGUUGAGCUUCACUUUUCCGUGCUCCCGCUGAACGAAAAGCUCGAGAUCAAGCUCGCCCACGACGUCUUCUUCAUCAGUUCGUUCCCAUGUGUUGAGCCCCCAGCCAGCAAGAACUCGGUCGAAACCGGACACCUGCUACAUAAAAACUUCUCUUGCCGGUCUGUCGCCAUAGACGCAUUAGCAGAAGAAACCUUCAAGGACAGAAACAGCAUCCUUGUCAUCGAAGCUGGCGGUGUAGAUGGGGGCAGUGAGGUGCUAGCAAGGGCAUGGUGCUCCAUGAUAGGCACUCACGCUAUCAUAGGUAGAAAAGGGAGGACGUGUUUAGGUUGUUGCGUUAGAGAAGCAAGAGGGUUGGGCAUCGGCGUCGUUAUCAGGAUU